GAGUACUGUAGAUCACAAAGAGGAGGGGACUCGACAGACCAGUUUACAUUCUCACCGUAGAAACGGGCGAGCGCGCGCCUCCGACGGUUCAGCCAGUGUGCAACGCGCGGUCUCUCGCGCAAGCCAAGAGCCGCUCACUUCUCUCAGUUAUACUCCCUAAACGCCGUCUCCUGACUGGAAAGCUCUUGGUGGAAACUAUUCUUUUUUAUUAUUUAUUUAUUUUUGUUUUUUAUGUGAACGUACUCUUGUAUUUCCCGCAAGUGACACCGCUCGAGUUAUCAGCAAAACGAGAACUUAUCCAUUUCCGCGUGUACUAACGCACACAGAUGCGAGGAUGCGCUUUCCCACUUGAGGGUUUAGAACCGUGCCAUGGUUUUGACCCGGGGUUUCCUCAUGGAAAUGAGCCUACAGGGGUUUUCAUGCGGAAGCUGUUCUCACAGAGUCGCAUGCGUGUGCUGAUAUAAAAGGGCUCACAGCAGGAGAAGUUUAUCACAGACACACAGGACUGCCAGAGACGCUGUUCUUCUAUGGGUACAUGAAUCUGAGUUCCAGCGGCCAGAUGCCUGUGAUGGAGGAAGUCGAUACGAACGAGAGCAACGGCAUGGCGAAGAGAGUUGCUCUCAUCAGCUUCCUGUCGCUGGUCAUGCUUAUGAGCGUCCUGGGAAACCUACUGGUCAUGGUGGCUGUCUGCAAGGACCGGCAGCUCAGGAAAAUUAAGACCAAUUACUUCAUAGUGUCACUGGCCUUUGCUGACCUGCUGGUAUCAGUGCUAGUGAUGCCGUUUGGGGCCAUCGAGCUAAUCCAUCAGAACUGGAUCUACGGCGAGACGUUCUGCCUGGUGCGCACCUCGCUGGAUGUGCUACUCACCACUGCCUCCAUACUGCACCUGUGCUGCAUAUCUCUGGACAGGUACUAUGCCAUCUGUUGUCAGCCUCUGGUCUACAGGAACAAAAUGACACCUCUGAGAGUUGCUCUUAUGAUAGGAGGAUGCUGGAUUAUCCCAACUGUCAUAUCGUUCUUACCAAUUAUGCAAGGCUGGAACAGUAUUGGAAUAAAUGAUCUGAUAGAAACGCGGAAGUUCAGUGGCAACUCCACGGUGUGUGUGUUCAUGGUGAACAAGCCAUAUGCUCUCACCUGCUCUGUGGUGGCCUUCUACAUCCCACUGGGUCUGAUGGUGCUCGCCUACCAACGCAUCUAUGUGACGGCACGUGAACACGCCCGUCAGAUCAGCAUGCUGCAGAGGGCAGGUGACGCAGUCUCCGGCCCUGAGAGUGCUGAGCACCAGCGGAACCACCGUAUGCGCACUGAGACAAAAGCAGCAAAGACUCUGUGCAUCAUUAUGGGCUGCUUUUGCCUGUGCUGGGCUCCAUUCUUCAUCACCAACGUGGUGGACCCUUUCAUAGACUACACAGUGCCCGAACAGCUGUGGGCAGCAUGCCUGUGGCUGGGCUACAUCAACUCCAUGCUUAACCCCAUCCUCUAUGCCUUUCUCAACAAGUCCUUCCGCCGUGCCUUCCUCAUCAUCCUUUGCUGCGGCCACCAGCGCUACCGACGGCCCUCCAUCCUCGCACCUAGAACACCCUGCACAGCUACACAGAUCAACGGCUCCACACAUGUGCUCAAGUACUCAGUUUUACACAAUGGGAACAACGUCGAACAGGAGAAACUGUCAGUGCAGAAUGACACAGAGUCACAGGAAUCCUGCUUCUGAUCACAUUUUAUCAGGGCAGAAACUGGAAGGUGCCAUCGCUCACCAUCAGCCCCCUCAAAUCUGCAGUGCAAACUCACACAGUGGAGUCCAGGAACAAAUUACUGAGUGCUGGACUGAGCUGAGUUAUAUGCCCUAAAAUCUUGUGAACAAUGUUGCCAAAGGUAUUUGAUUUAUAUUUAAGGAUUUAAUUAUUUCUAAGGUUUAGAUCCGUUAACGAGUUCCGCUUGUUCCCCUGUGACUAUGAUUAAGUAACAUGCCAAAAUAUGGUUUCACACACAUUUUUUGUGAGAAAUAUUUAAGCAGAAUUUACAAUCAGGAGAACAUUUCUGUGGCACAAAAGUCGCAUAACAAACACACCGUGUUAAAUUGUGUUGGUUUUAUUUAAGUCUCACAUUGCUGAUGCAAUUAUUUCUUUUCUUUUUUUGCAGUUUUUACAGUAUGUAUAAAAAUGUUCAUUCAUAGAAAAAUAAUGUUCGGCAAAUAAUUAAUUUACAAUUCCAUGCUGUUUUUGAUCCACUCUGACAGACAAGUGACAACAGAAAACGUGCCUUUGGGUGAUAUUAAGAGCAGGAAAACAAAUUCAUGUUCUCUAAAAAAAAUUUCCAUUACAUAAAUAUAGUCCUUAGUUCUUAUGGAUCCAAAACUGAGGUCAUUGUUUGGACAGGAAUGAUGGUACUUGAGUAUCUUUGUUAAAUCCAUGUUGUUGGGUUUGUUUGUUUUUUUUUAAACAGAUGAUGUAACCCACUCAGAUAUGUCAUUUUCUCUCUCUGAUCAUGUUUAUUGCAUUAUGAGCAUCAAAUAAGUUCUCUACGUUCAUUUGGACCAAGGUUCUGCUUUGCAUACCUCACCUCACCUAACAUUUAUUUAUACAGUCAUUGUCAUCUAGUGCAUUGUCUGGUUUAAUCCUGGAUGCCUCCGAUAUGCGUGCAUCCAACAUGUAUCAUUUCUUAUGAAUCUGCAGAACAAAACCAUAUCCGUGUGCUUCAGACGUUGUCCGAUUGUCUUCCUAAAAUUCAUGCUAAUCACAAAUCUGGCAAAACCUUUACUUCUAUCAAUCCUGAAAUAAGCAGCCUAUAGACUAGGGUUUUUUUUCAGUCUUCAUCCGAGCCUCCAAUGAGAUCAUCAUAAACAUCAUGUCAUAAAACUGCAAAAUGUUCAGUGUCAGCUAUCCUCAGCAGAGACUUUAACUUCCGAUGAAAGAAUUGUCACAGGAUCGACGCAGGUUAUUUACUUACAGGUUGAUCUGUCACUGUUUCAUCCAGAUACAUAAAAAGCGAAUGGAAAACCCUUCAGAAUAAUUAUUCCAAUCAUGCUUUGUUUUUAUUUCUACAUAAUAAUCUCUUCUGCAAUUAAAGCACUUAUAGCACUUUUAAAAGAUAUUGACUACAGUUUUCAUAAAAGAUACAGUAUUCUUGUUGCUAAUAUUUUAACUGAGACCAAAUUUUUAAAGGAAGAACAAGGAAAAUUCCUUAAAUGUGACAGUUUGUUAAAGUGUUAAGUGUGGUGCUGGUGUUGUUUUAUCCCAAAAAGAGAGGGAAGCUCGUGAACAAACAGCUCCAUGUGCUCUGCAUAUGCCCUGUACAGCUAGCUACAUGUGUACAUGAUGGGGAGGGGGAAACCCUCAGAGUGUGUUUUAUCCUUUUUUGCCAACAAAGCUAAAAACCAUUCACAGGUGGAUAGCAAAAGGUAUAAUUUUGUGUUGUUUUUUUUAGCAGGUGGUCUUUAUAUUCUGAAGGUCAGAGAUUGGCACGUAAGUCUGCUUUGAAUUUGCUGUAAAUAGGAAUAAUUUAUGCGAGGAAUCUGGUUGUGAUCUUUAUGAACCCUUGCUUCAAGUCUGAGGUAUUAUUCUUGGAGAUUAUUCUAACAGUUAGAAUAAAUGCUGGACUGCACAGUGUACGCAACAUCCCACAGAGAUAUUAAGAUAUUCAGGAUCACUUAGACGUUCACAAUCACCUUGUGCCCAUACAAGUUUUAGUUGUUUUUUUUUUAAAAACUUCAGAAAAUACUGCCAGACAGAAUUUCAUACUGACUGUGAAGCUUGGAACUUUCAUUUAAUGAGAAUGUAGUAAAGCGUUUAAUUCGUUUUUUUUCUUCUUCUUCCAGUGCAUUUUGGUACAGAAUACAAAAUUUCCCAAGAUGUACAUAGGAAUCAGCUUAGUUUUAAAGUACGCUCUUCGGUUCACGGUACUCAGGAUAAGUAGGUGCAACGUCAACUUCAGAAUUACCAAGGCAGGCUUGACAGCUGUGUAUUAAAAAGUGAUUUUGAAGGAUGUUAAUUAACAACAAGCAGUCUGGAAAAUUAUUUUAAUGCUCCUGUUCCACUCUGAUACUUCGGGCUUUUUAAUUAUGUAGCACCCGUUGACCAUGAGUCACUGAGCACUCAGCAAUUUUAGUAGCAGAUGCAAUCAUGAAAGAAAAAACAAAUCACUUGCAUAAUUUUACUAGUGUCAGUGUGAAGUUUGCUGAUGAGCAUGCAUUUGACUCUCAGCGUGUCGGGCACAGACGUGAAGUGACACAUCCGAAAGUGUGUAGAAAGCUUUCCCACAAUGGCUGCCAAAUACCUAUUGCGAGUUAGCAAUGCAGUUUUACUGAACUGUGCUUCGUAAUUCUCCGACUCUCUGAUCUUGUUAUGGGUGACGCAUUACAGCGAUGUUAUAGUGUGACAUGAAAGCUCACGUAGGCAUGAGGAAUGAACAAGGAUACUUCUUUUGUGUAUCCUUGCCCUAAAGACCCAUUCUCUGUAUUGUUAUAUUGUUCCCACUCUCUCUCACUCGCUCUCACACACACACUUACACAAACACCACUGUGUAUGAAACCCUGAAGGCAGAAGUUCUAAAACAUGAAUGUGUUGUAAAUCUGUCCAUAAGUUGUACAAAAAAUUUUGUAAACUCAGUAUUUAUUUUGGUGGAUAUAAAGAUUGAUAUUUUUCAUGUAAGGCUUCUCUUUCAGGGAGCUAUGUGGAUUACUUUUUCUGUUGCUAUGUGACAGCUCUAAUACAUGAUGAUAAUUAAAGAUGAUGGGAUAUAAUGUA